AUGGGUCCUAGAAAGAAUUGUUGUAGUAGUAUUAAUUUUGAUUACUCUUUCAAGGUAUUGUUGAUUGGUGACUCUGGUGUGGGAAAAAGCAGUCUUCUUCUUAGUUUCAUUUCAAACUGUCAGCAGUUUCCUCAGAAUCUCUCCCCGACAAUUGGAGUGGACUUCAAGAUAAAGCUGUUAACAACUGGUGGAAAAAGACUGAAGCUGACCAUUUGGGAUACAGCGGGGCAGGAAAGGUUUGGAACAUUAGCGAGUUCAUACUAUAGAGGCGCACAUGGAAUCAUUUUAGUUUAUGACGUAACAAGACGAGAGACAUUUACUAAUCUAUUGAAGAUAUGGGCCAAGGACUUAGAGCUUUACUCGACAAAUCCCGAUUGUAUCAAGAUACUAGUUGGGAACAAAGUUGAUAAAGAUAGUGAGAGGGAAGUUACUGUGGAGGAGGGGAUGGCUCUUGCACAGAAGCACAAGUGUUCAUUUCUCGAAUGCAGCGCUAAGACUCGAGAAAAUGUGCAGCAGUGCUUUAAAGAGCUAACAAUGAAGAUUCUGGAAAUACCUAGUCUAUUGGAGAAAGGGUCUACGCCCGUGAAGAACCAAAUUUUGAAACAGAAACAAGAAGAACCUUAUAUCUACAUCUACCUUAUUACAACUUCUCUUCAAUCCCAAUCCUCGACCCUUGCAAUGGCUUAUUCUAGUCUUUGCAGAAGGCUUAUUAUUGCAUGCUCAAUAUUGCUGGCCAUUCUUGUUUCUGGAGUUAAUUGUGUUGACAUUUUCCAUGAGUGGAUUGUUUCAGUUGAUAACACUAUCAACCCUGUCUCAGUUUCUCAACCUGUUAUUACUAUCAAUGGAAUGUUUCCAGGGCCACUCAUCAAUACCACAACCAAUGAUGUUGUUCAUGUCAAUGUGUUUAACAAUCUGGAUGAACCUUUACUCAUAACAUGGAAUGGAAUACAACAGAGGCUAAAUUCAUGGCAGGAUGGAGUUUCCGGCACAAACUGUCCAAUUAAAGCCAGGAGUAACUGGACUUAUGUAUUUCAAACCAAAGAUCAGAUUGGCACCUUUACAUACUUCCCCUCCAUUAAUUUCCACAAGGUUGCUGGAGGAUAUGGACCUAUUCGAGUCAACAAUCGGAAUCCUAUUCUCGUGCCUUUCCCUAAACCAGAAGCCGAAUUUGAUCUUCUUAUUGGUGACUGGUUUGAAGCCGAUUACAAGGAAAUUAGAUCACUGGUGCAAGAGAUUUGGGGUAUUCCUGAUGUGAUGCUGAUGAAUGGUAAAGCGCCUUAUGGAUAUUCAAAUGCCACGGACUAUGAAUCUUUAACUGUCACGAAAGGGAAGACUUAUCGAAUUAGAGUUUCAAAUGUGGGAAGUGUAUUCAGUUUCAACUUCAGAAUUCAAAAUCACAAGAUGGUGCUUGUUGAAACAGAAGGGUCAUACACCAACCAGAUCAUAUUGGAUUCUCUUGAUGUGCAUGUUGGACAGUCCUAUUCUGUUCUUGUUACCGCCAAUCAAGAUGAAGCCGAUUAUUACAUGGUUGCUAGUCCAAAAUUGUUCGACACCAAUUUCAGUAAUACCCCUUAUCUCGUCGGAAAUGGAGUAUUACACUAUGCCAACUCCGUUGCAACAGUCGGGGGACCUGUUCCAAAUGGACCUGAUCCAUUCGACAUAGAGUUUUCAAUAAAUCAAGCAAAAUCUGUCAGAUGGAACUUGACUACCGGUGCUGCAAGGCCUAAUCCACAAGGCACGUUCAAUGUAUCGAAUAUUACCUUAACACAGACCUUUAUCCUCCACGGAUCAAAAGCUGAAAUUAACGGCAUGCUGCGCUAUGUAGUCAACAAUAUGUCGUAUUUGACUCCAGAUACGGCAUUAAAACCUGCUGACUACUUCAGAAAUGGUUCUGGUGUGUAUGAACUCGAUGCAUUUCCGGUCCGUUCUGUCAACGAUGUUGCUACAUAUGGAACUUCUGUUGUAACGGGAGUUCACAAAGGAUGGCUCGAAAUUGUGUUCAAUAAUGAUCAUGAAGUCAUGGACUCUUGGCAUUUGGAUGGCUUUGGAUUUUAUGUUGUAGGAUUUGGCGAGGGAGAAUGGACACCAGAAUCACGCAAUACAUACAACCUCUAUGAUCCAGUUGUUCGUUCGACAGUUCAAGUGUAUCCUGGUAGAUGGACUGCAGUGUCUGCAUUCCUUGACAAUCCCGGUAUGUGGAAUUUGAGAUCUCAAAAUUUACAGCACUGGUACAUGGGACAAGAGAUAUACAUACGGGUUCAUAAUGACGACCCCAACCCUGCCAAGGAGCGUCCGCCGCCUGAAAACCUCCUUUUAUGUGGAAUUUUUGAUGAAUCUCCUUCACCAUCUGGUGCACCUGCUCCACAGCCGAGAUGA